AACCUUCUGGAUGAUCAUUGCAUCAACUUUUGUCCAAAUUAUAAUACAAAUGCUUUUUCUGUUUGUUUUAUAGAAUGAUGGCUGCUGUGGGUGGGUCUCAACACCAAUCAAUCAUAUGCCAAGUGGACCCCACCUUCAGAUUCCAUCAUUCUUCUCCAUCCAUUCCUUCCUACAUCUAUUGGCACCAAUGUUAUCUGCCUAACUCAUAAACAACUAUCUUUAGAUUCAGAAUCUAGGUCUUUCUGCACAUUGGCACAUGGAAAUUUGAUUUUUUUCAAGGUGUUUUUUUGGUAAAAAAUAAAGAAGAUUCGUUUUUCGGUUCUGGGUAUCAACAAUUAUGGAGAAGCAGACUAGUUUCCGGUUGGGAAAGAUGGAAAAGCAGACUAGUUUCCGGUCGGUAAAGAUGGAAAAACAGCAGAGUUUUCGCGCUGCCGCAAUGGAAAAACAGAAGAGUUUUAGAAUAGCCAUGGGGAGACAGAUGAGCUUUGGUGUUGACCGAAGAAAAACGAAAGAUUCGCCCGGAAAACGAGGGGAUUCGACGCUUCAUUUGGCUUGUAGAGGUGGAAAUCUAUCGAAAGUCAUCGAAAUCCUUCAAAGUCUUGGACUUGAUGCGCUAUCGAAACAAAAUCAAGAAGGGGAAACUCCUCUUUAUGUGGCUGCAGAGAAUGCCCAUGCUCAUGUUGUAGCUCAGCUGCUGAAACAUCUUGAUCUUCAAACGGCUUCUAUUGCUGCGAAUAACGGUUAUGAUCCCUUUCAUAUUGCUGCCAAACAGGGACAUAUAGAAGUUUUGCGCGAACUUCUGAAUUCUUUCCCUAAUCUGGUAAUGACCACCGAUUCUUCCAAUUCAACCGCUUUACACACAGCGGGAGCUCAAGGACACAUUGAAGUGGUCAACCUGCUUCUUGACGCUGAUUCAAAUCUUGCCAAAAUAGCCAGAAACAACGGUAAAACGGUGCUUCAUACCGCAGCACGAAUGGGUCAUUUGGAAGUGGCAAAAGCUGUAUUGAAUAAGGAUCCGAGUAUCGGUUUCAGGAUCGAUAAGAAAGGCCAAACCGCUCUGCAUAUGGCAGUUAAGGGCCAAAAUAUGGAUAUGGUGGUUGAAUUGAUUAAACCCGAUCCAACUGUUUUGAGUCUCGAAGAUAAUAAGGGGAAUACACCUCUUCAUAUCGCAACGAAAAAGAGCCGUACUAAGAUUGUGAAAUGCCUGCUAUCAUUUGAGGACAUUAACGUCAACGCAGUCAACAAGGCUGGAGAAACACCUCUCGACAUUGCCGAAACCUCGAAAAUUACCGAAAUGAUCGAUAUCUUAAAAGAAGCAGGGGCUGCUCACUCAAAAGACUACGGAAAACCGCCUAGUGCCGCCAAGCAACUAAAGCAAACAGUCAGUGACAUAAAACACGAUGUCGAAUCUCAAAUCAAGCAGACCCGUCAAACCGGAUUCCGGGUUCGCAAGAUCGCGAAAAAGGUGAAAAAGCUCCACAUCAACGGGCUCAACAAUGCGAUAAAUUCAGCCACUGUCGUUGCGGUUCUUAUCGCCACAGUGGCUUUCGCAGCCAUUUUCACUGUACCGGGCCAAUACGUUGAGGAACCAAAAGACGGGUUUACCCUUGGGCAAGCCAAUAUAGCCAACAACGCUGCGUUCAUUUUGUUCUUUUUGUUCGACAGUUUAGCCCUUUUCAUCUCGUUGGCGGUUGUGGUGGUUCAAACAUCUAUUGUGGUGAUCGAAGAGAAGGCUAAACGACAACUUAUGUUUGUGAUCAAUAAGCUUAUGUGGCUGGCAUGUCUUUUUAUAUCGAUCGCGUUUAUUUCUCUGACUUAUAUCGUUGUGGGAAGCCAUGAACAGUGGCUUGCCGUUUAUGCCACUGUGAUUGGUGCAACGAUUAUGUUGACUACGAUCGGGUCAAUGUGUUAUUGUGUUAUAAGGCAUAGGCUCGAGGAGAAUAAGUUGAGGAAUAUAAGACGGGCCGAGACUCAUUCGCAUUCGUUUUCAAUGUCAAUGCCAUCUGAUUCUGAGAUGUAUAGCGAGAGAUACAACAAGAGAAUGUAUGCCGUUUAAAAGAAAUCGAGUCGAGGGUAUCUAUGGAAUUUUGAGCUCAGUCGAUAAGUGGACCGACACUGUUUUCCUAGCUACUUUUGGCCCGAACCGAGACUCGAACACAGACAAGGUCCAGAGGUCAAAAGACUAGCAUCGGACUAUCGGUUGUCCUUAUUGUGAGUUUAUACAGUAUGUAUAUAAUUAAUAGUACUAUCUCAUUGCAGGAAAAGCUGUGUUCUUUGCAUUUUCCUUAAAUAAGUAAUUUUGUGUCA